AUGAAGCCUGCUUCAAUUCUCCUCCUCGCCGCCGCUGGCCUUUCGUCCGCCCUUCCGGCUCAGUCUUUUGGCGAGACUGCUGUCCAGCAGGCCCGUGACACUCGAUCUCUCUUUGGCCACGCCAUCGAUGCCAUUGCUGCCCGCAACCUGGUUCCUCUCAACUCCAACACGGCGGCCCCCCCUCCUGCGGCUGAUGCCGCUGCUCCCCCUCCCGCUGCCGAUCCGGCUGCCGGCAAGAAGGAGGCUUCUGCUGCUCCUCCUGCUGCUACUCCUACGGACAAGAAGGCCGGCGAUGCCAAGGCUACUGAUGCUAAGGCUACCGAUGCCAAGGCUACCGAUGCCGCGGCGACCACCACCGCAGCUGCUGCCGCUACUACUGCUGCCGCCACCGACGCCGCUGCCACCGAUGCCGCUACCACGACCACCGCGGCCGCCGCCAUCGAGACCGGCGCCGUCGGCAACGGAACUGCCCCCGAUAACGGCAAGGGCAAGGGCAAGGGCAAGGACAACGGCAAUGGCAAGGACAACGGCAAAGGCCAAGGUGCCGACAAGGGCCAGGGCAAGGGCCAGGGCAAGCACGGCAACAAGAACAACAACAACGGCAACGGCGCUCUCAGCGCUGCCAUCGUUGGCGCCCUCAGCAGCCUCGGCAUCGACGGUGUCCUGGACGCCAGCUCCCUGGACAAGCUGAAUGUUGGAGACCAGAUCUCGCUGCUUGCGCAGAUCGUCUCGCUGCAGACUAUGAAGGAUCUGCAGAUGGUUGGCGGAAACGAUAUCGUUGUUGUGUUGAACCAGGGCUUUAAGAGCAAUGGGCUCAAUGUCAUUAUUAACGCGUAA